CAGAUUUAGCCCCAUAUGAACAAUGAUUUUUUUUCCCUGUGUUUGGGAAGUCUCCCAUGUGCCCUUUGAUAAACUCUGAAAGAGCUUUAUGUUUUUUUUAACAGUGGCUUUUUUCCUGCGUAAUAUAUUAUAAAGCCCAUUUCUGUGUAUUGUAUAGUGGUCCCAUGGACACAUACAGCGGUCUUUGCUGUGGAGCUUUCCAGCUGCUUCAUGUUUACCUUUGGUCUCUUUGUUGCCAUGCUCAUUAAUGUACUCUGGCUGUUCUGUGAGCUUUGGUGGAUGGUUUGUUUUGGUACCCUGUUAUUUCUAUCAUGCAAUGAUGGAUUUACUUGAGCUCCUUGUAAGCACUUUUUUACGUCCCAAUCUUGAUUUGUAUUGUACGUUUGUGUUGCAGCAACCACAAAAAAAGCCUGCUUGUUAUUUUACAAACCUUCGUUAACACCUCUAUCCACACCCAUUUCCAUGCUGCAUUCACGGAUUUGCUCUCCUGGUUUGCAUGCUCUUCUGAACUGCGUCUGUAUUACCGCCGUUCUUCCUCCUGCUUAUGGACAGUCUGCAGACAGACAGCGAGACACUCGACACCAGCUCAAACAGCAGGGUUCUUUUCAUUCAGCUACUUCUGUCACUGAGGAAGUUAAAUCCUCAUGUUACGUUCACCUGUCUGUCAUCAACCCACACUUAUCAGCGUGCAUUCGACUUAUAUCUCACCCUUCUGGAAAGGAAUUAUUAAACCUGGGCUGGAUCAUCACUCACCUGUUGUUAAUAAGAUGAUAAAGGAGCAUGGCGACCUGUUUUCUGACUCCCAGUGUAAAGUCUGCAGUGCUGUCCUCAUUUCUGAAACUCAGAAGUUGACUCAUUAUCAGAGCAAGAAACAUGCCAACAAGGUGCGGCGUUACUUUUCCCAGCAAAACGAGAAAGAAGUGACCGUCAAGAAGCUAAAGUCAAGUGAGACUCAGGAUUGCAACAAUGGAGACACAGACCGGAUGAAGGCAUGUAAUUUAUGCCAGAUGACCUUCUCUUCUCCAGUAAUGGCAGAGUCUCACUAUCAGGGCAAAUUUCACGCCAAGAGACUGAAGAUGAAAACGGUUGAAUCUCAGCCACCAGCAGAAGCUUCUCAGACAGCAAAGCCGAAGGAAAAACCCGCAGAUGUUUCAAGUGGCGUCACAGCGAUGGACAACAACAACAAUCCAGAUCGUUUCUGCUCCAUCUGCAAGGCCCCUUUCAACAACCCGCUCAUGGCCCAGCAGCACUAUGUGGGCAAGAAACAUAAAAAACGGAUGACCAAGCUUAAACUGAUGGAGACAUAUGGCCCUUCCACUGCACCGGCUUCCACAGAAAAUGGUUACCCCUGCACCAUCUGCAACAUUGAGCUGAACUCGGUGGAACAAUACCAAUCUCAUAUCAGCGGCGCCAGGCAUAAGAACCAAGUGAAGAAAUCAAGUCAGAAGAUUGCAGAGAACCAGCAACCAGAAGAACAAUUACAAGAGAGCAACAACCAGUUCGUGGCUGAAGAAUACCAGUACACUGCUGAAGACAACCAAUACACACCCGAUGACGACCAAUACGCACCUACGGAUGACCAGUACGGCACUGGAGAAGAGCAGUAUGAUGCUAAUUACCAGUAUGCCCCAGAGAACACAGAGUUCUCGGAGCAGUACCAGUAUACUUGAGGCUGGACUGAGGUGGACUGCAGAGGCUUCAGUCAGGACUUGGACUGACAGUCUAUAACCAGCCCCUUUAACACAUUAACACACCAUCAACCCUCAUGGAUCUUCAGCUCCUGUCUUGCUCUCUUCUCCGUUGGUCCUUUCUGCACAACAGUCAUGUUUGGACCCUGGAACCAGCUCAUCAUAGUAUUUUAUCCAGCUGACACUGUUUUAUUUCAUUUUCUCUACCAAAAAAGAGCUUUUGAAAUGUGUAGAUCUUAAGUUAAAGUGCCCACCAGGGUGAAAAAUGGUUCAGCUGUGAUCCACCUACACUCGUAAAGGAAUGUCUGCCUGGCUUAGCUUGUGUUACACUGGAAGGACGACUGUUGUUCAUAUUCAUGUACAUUAGGGCUGGGUGUUGUGUAAAAGUAGUCAAUAUUAGAGGUAAGUCAGCUUUUUUUCCCUCAACCUCCUUGUUUUUUAAACUGUUCCUACAUAACCUGUUUUCUUUAAAGAAGACAAAUAACUAACAGGCCCAAACAAAAUGCCAUCUGAAUAAAGGUUAAAUUAUGUCACGAUAAAUGUCUAAGCAGAUAGUAAUUUAUAUAAAGGGUGCAAGUAACAUUUCCUAGAUCACAGCUGUAAAACACAAACCUGUACCUGCUUUAAAUUUGGCUCCUCGCAGUGUGUGCGCAGCGUCGAACGGUUGCCAGCGCCCCCUGGAAGUCCAGCGGUCACCGCUUGCAGGUGCACAUUUUGCAGCUUCAUUGUGUGGAGAGCAGAUCGUAGAUCUUCCGAUGCUGAGAGUUUGUUGUACAGCUUUGACCCAGAGACCAAACAGCGGACCAAAAAGUGCACGUCAGCGCCACAGCACGACCACAAACACUCAUUUAUAGUUAAAAACACACAAACAACAUCUCCCCGCCCGGUCUGCUUGCUAAAGUUUGCUCCCUGUAAUUUCUUCUUCCUCAAAAUGAGAAGACAGCUGCUGGAAUUCCUGAUCUUUAGCUGUAAAUGAUGAGACCAGGACUCUCAGGGAGCAUUCCAGGCAUGGCUGGAACGCUGGAAGAGUUGGGCGAAGGGGAAAGGGGUCAAAUUUAAGUCAGAUAUUUAUUUAUGUUUUCAAAAGUUUGAAUCCAGCCGAAGGGAACAUAAAAAUGAGAAAACUUAAAUCACUGUGGGGAAAUAACUUUAUAACAUUUGUUAAAAUCAUAGAACGGUAUCAGAAAGGAGGAAUUAUCCCGCAAGACCAUCACAGGAAUCGAACAGCUGCAAUAAGUUAAGCAUGUACUUAUUCUAAGGCUCAGUCUCCUCCCAUGACCUCUUUUUUCUGCUCCUACAUGAAUGAUUUAAUAUGUUUGUGCUUGGGGUUGAGGAUAAUAAUGGCCUAACCCCUCAGAUAAAGUUUUCUGUGAAGAAAUGGAGUGAUAGUCCGUUCAGAGGCCGGCUUCAUCCUCAGCUUGCUCCUCCGGCUAACCAGAGCUCCUUCCGUGAAGCGAGGCGACAUGAUGAUGGAAAGGAGUGUUGACGACAUCUUCUACGCAUCCUGUCAGCUGGCAGAGAAUGGACGUUUUUUUAUUUAGCUCCAACAUUCAACCAUUUUUUAACAUCCAGUAAGCUACAAAGCAAAGGUGUCCGCUCUCCUGACAUGCAGGUGGUUUGCAGCUUUCUGUCAACAUACCAGGAGCUUGUUCGUUUACGCUGGCAAUACUAUGCUUUCAGUUACUCUUUUUUAUUUAAUGCAAGCUAGUUUAUUUGCUUUUUAAAUUUCUUUUUUUAUAGGAAUGCUGACUUCUGUUGGAGUUUGUCUUGUAUGUCCUGGCCAGAACUGAUUCUGUUUGCCUUUUUUUCUUAGUUAAGUCCUAAUGUGAAACAUUUUCUCCCUGACAUUUCCAUAAGCCACUCUGGAAAUAACUAUGUUAAGCUCAGAAUUAGUUGGAAAAUAGCUCUUCAUGUAGUGUUUUCUUUAUUUAUGUUUUUAAGUGGUGAAAAAUUUCUUGGCUUCCCCAUUAAAUACUUUGCGCUCUGUAAGCAGUCCGUAUCAGAGAUCACAAUAUUUACCACACAGGAGAGUGAUGUCAAACUAGAAAGUGAUGUCAAAAUAAGAAUAACAUUUUUAUUUGUCAAUUUAUUCUCCAAGAAAAUUGGUUAAUUAUAUAGUGCUGAAUGUCAUCAACUGUGUCUAAAGAGAUUUUUUUAUGUCAUUUUUACAGACAGGGCUGAUGAAUACUGUAUAGAACAUCCUGUAUGAAAGACAAAUUGCCUUGUGUCCAGUCAUUGUUGGUGUGUUCGGUGUUUUGUGAUCAAAAGUUUACUUUCACUAUGAGUUAUCAUUAAAAAAUGCUGCAAAAAUGUG